AUGAGGGCUUUCGGGUAUCUGUCGUUGCUCGGCAGCUUGCUCUUUGCAGCCGUCAGCUCCCAACAGACGUCCGACUUGUCUCGCAGAGAUGAGAGAUUGCAACAGUUCUACAACCACAUGGCCAAGGACGGCACUUGUCUCAUUUACAUCGACACAUUUGCCACGAACGACGGCCUGACGCCUUGCGGUAUCUUUUGCAAAGCGAACGGCCAGCCGGAGGACAAGAUCGGAUGUCACUCUGAGCAUAUUUACGACCCCGAAGGAUCGUACCCCAAAGACCCCGACGGAUGGGAGUGGUACCCGGGCAAGUGUAUCUGCGCUGAACAGAUCGACCCGAUCGCCGAGGCCAUCGCCAUCCCCGUCAUCGAGGCUCUGGCGAAACUUGACGAGAUCAUCUGCGGCGUCUUCGUGCAGGCGAUCGUCGAGAGCAUCAACAUCGGCUUCGCCCUCGUCCCCGGCGCCGGCCAGGCCGCGGCCUCGGCGCGGGCGGCGACGAAGGCGGCCGUCGAGGGCGCCAAGUCGUUCGCGGAGAACUCGAUGAACCCGACCGACUUCUUCGACGGCUGGGUCAAGAAGAGCUGCGGCAUGGACAAGAUCGAGCUCGACUACGACAACACGUUCGACUCGCUGGUCAACGCGCCCGACUCGGUCGGGACAAGCAAGGGCUGCAAGCGGAAGAAAAAGGGCGACUGCAGGACGCUCGACGCCAAGCCGGACCCGCCGACGACGACCAAGAAGGACGACGCCCCGGAGACUACCAAGAGGGAAGAGGCCCCAGAGACCACGAAGAAAGACGACAGCCCCAAGAGUACAAAGAAGGAUGAAGUCCGGACCACGACGAGGACGGAAGCCGGCCUGACGACGACCGCCACGAGGUCCAGCACCAGCAGCGCGAACCCCAGGGGGACCCCGGUCAACUGCCAGUCGUGCCGCUCAUCGAAGGCGAAGAAGGCGGCGCGGGAGGCUAGAUGGGGCUCCAUGUUCGUGCCGCGCGCGUCCGGCGACUCCUGCCUCUUGGACAGCUCCAAACAUGACGGUAGCUGUACCGCCUCCGGUCUCCAGGCCCGCGACAGCCUCUUAUCGGAGAGGAAACAGCCAGAGCCUCCGCACCUCGUGGUUAACGGGAGGCCAUUCUGGAUCAAGUACGGAAAGCACAAGUCUUGUUCGGAAGCGAUAGAACAAGGCACUAUUGAUAGGUUCUACUACUUCGAGGGCGACGCCAAGUGCGGCGGAGAUCUGAAGUAUGGGACGAAGAAAGACGUCGGCGAUUUGGAAUUUGAGAACGACCAUGUGUACGAGAAGCAGACUCUGGCCCUGUUCUUGGAAUGGCUCGGGGACGGGGACAUGACCCCCAUCGGCGGCGGUUCCACGAAGCCGCAAGCUUCCUGGGUCGCGGAAGUUCUCCUGGACGAGGACGGGCCCCGGGUCUUCAAAAUGCAACAUUCCAACAACAGACCCCUCGGGAUCCCCGUGGGGGGCGCGCCGCUUGACGAUGUCCUGGCCUACGGCAUCGCACGCUCUGACACCCUGCGGGAACGAAAUGGGGCGGGGAUGCCGGUUGAAAAGACGACCAAGAACUUUGCUCUCGUCGCGGCAAAAGUCAACCAGCACAAGGGGACCUUUUUUGGACAAAACAGGCCGAAUUAUCUCACAGACACCCACCCAAAAGCGGCCAACAAGAACAGGAACUGGAUCAGAAACCACGCCGGCGUUUUCCACUACCUCAAAUACACCCACUCGCCGCCCAGCAAAAAGGAAAACGUCUGGAACAAGUGGAUGCGCGUCUCCAACUGGGUGGACCUGGUCCUGUCCGAGUUCGACCAGUCCUACGUGUGGGGUUAUCACCCCGACGAGCCCCAUGACGCUGCCGACGGCCCAUCGUCGCUGCGGUCCUUCUACGCCCACUGGAUUGACAUGUACCUGGCCGGCAUCGAGAAGAACGCGCAGGACUGGGCCGUUGGAGCUAAAAGUCAGUUCGAGCUCAGUUACGGCAACGACAACGAGGCUGCCGCGAAGCAGUGGAUGGCCAAGGCCUUCGACACCAACGGCUUCGCGACCGCGGCGAGGAUGACGUUCCCGCGGCCCGGCUCAGGCCCGUCAGUGUACGGGGCCUACGGGAACCCCGUCAUGACCUUGGACAGUACCGGCGAAGAGGUGGUCCUUGCCCCCCCCGCGCCGCUGUGA